CACAGACUCUGACAUGACUGAACGACACACACUCCAUGUGUCCGUGGGCAUCCUUGGCAUCGCUGGAGGUUCUCUCCUGCUCUUGGUGAACGACUAUGCCACCUCACCCGGAGAAGACUUCAUCCCCUAUACUGCACUGGGGAUUCUGCUCCUCAUCAUCGCGGCCCUCUUAGCUUAUACAGGUAUCUACCGCAGUCUGUCCCACGCCCAGCUCUUUUCGUCUCUGUGUCUCACUGUCUCUGCCCUGUGGUGUGGCUCAGGUCUGGUGUACAUCCUGGUGGGGCAGGGAGUGCUGCAGCCCGCAGAACUCAGGUCCUCUCUGGUUCCUGGUCUGGCGGCGUUCACCUUAGCUCUGCUCAUCAUCGGCAGCGUUGCCCUCUUAUUAAAGAAAGCAGUUCUGUCUUUUCUAGCCAUCGGUAUCAGUUUCGCAUGUGCCCAUCAAAUCGCCGGCCUGUCUGCGGCAGGUUUUGGUCAGUCUGCCACAGCAGCAAACUACCUCCUUGUCUGUCUGGUUGGUGUUUACUUUGGUUUUGGGCGACUGCUGUCCACUGUCACUCAAGGUAAAGUGGAACCUCCAGGAAUAAACCUGAAGGGAAAAGCUGAGCUGAAAACGGAGCAGAACCAGAAGUGUAGCGAUGCAGUGUCAGUGGGUUUGGUGAUGAACUUGUUGUCUGCCUGUGUGUUAGCCUGUCCUCUGUUAGGUGUGGUCCCCCGGCUCUUCGUCGGUCAUGUCCCCUGGCUGUGGACGGCCGGAGUCUUCCAGCUUGGUAUGUGUGUCCUCUUUUACCGAGCCAUGGACACACUAGCUGCCACUUUUUAUGGCUUCACUGCCCUGCUGAAAUUUGCAGAGGGCUACACUGCUCUCUUAUCGUUCUAUUCAAUCCAGCCGUUCUCCCCUGUUCCCUUCCCUGUCGUCUUCUCUGUGCUUUUCUCCGUCUUGGCUCUCUUCAGUUGUCAGAAGAGUUUGCUGGAGGGGCUCUACCAGUUAUUCUUUGCAGCUUAUUGCAUUGCAAUCGCAGCCCAGCCUAAAGGCUUCAACCAAGCAGGCACUCAGGGUGUACAGGCCGCUAUAUUUGUAGUCUCUGCCAUCAUGCUUUUAGUUACCACAUUCAACAUGGUCUCAAGGACCAUGAUCCCCACAGGACAAGGUUAUUUCAAAGCUUUAGUAAACAGGAUGCCGGGUCUGACUCUCAGAGCACAAGAUAAAGAGCUACAUACUCCUCACCUGGGCUACUCCAAAUAUGCAGAUGCAGAGGUGUUAGGCCACGCCUGCAACGUGUUGGCUACUUUCGCUGUCACAGCCACAGUAGGUGACAGAGAUCCUCUGUCUGUGCUGGUCCUGCCCUGGGUGGUGGUGGCGGGCGGGGCAGUGCAGCUGCUCUGUGGCUCAGUAGCUUUUGCUCGGGGUAAAACCUUCGAGAGCACGGUUUUUAUUCUCUACGGGAUGAUGUGGAGCGUGUGGGGGCUGACACGAUAUGGCGGCCUGUACGGUGACACCAGAGGCUUUAAUGUGGCUGUCGGGAUCGUUAGCUUCAUGCUAUUUAACUGCCUAGUGACAGCUGCGGCGCUGUUUCUGAAUGUCGCCUGGUUUGCCUACGCCUUCACCUUCCAGCUCAUCCUCAUUAGCUUCCUGCUGGAUGCAGUGGGCGCUCUGCCUUAUGGUUAUGACAUCGGAGUCACCAUCAUCUUUGGUCUCGUCAGUUUUUAUUGCUUCCUGAGCCACAUUUUCAACAGCACCUUCCAGUCCCCUCAGAUCCCUUUAGGGAACCCUUUAAUCAAGCUGAGUGGCAUCGGAGGGGGGGAACAUGUCUGUCCACAUGUAUCAGCCCGCAAGGCCUCAUCUGUCCAGCAGAUUGCAGAAAUCAUGAAAAAUGGGGGCAUAUGUGGAAUGCCCACUGACACCGUCUAUGUGCUGGUAGCGGCUUGCAACAGGCCUGAUGCAGUUGUAAAAGCGUACAAGGUAAAGAAGCAGGCAGAGGACCGACCCAUGUCCCUGUGGAUCUCCUCCAUCAAGCAGCUGGAGCCGGUGCGACACCUGCUGAGCCCCCUGCUGCUGGACUUCAUGGAGGCGGCGUGGCCCUCCUCCAUUAGCAUGGUUAUACCCAGAGGUCCGUGGAUGGACACUUUUGGUUUGGGGGAUGCGGCCAAACACAUCGGGACUCCACAGAGCAUUGCCAUCAGAUACCCAGACUGUUCUGUGGCCACCCACCUCAUUCACCUGGUGGGGCCCAUUGCAGUUACCUCAGCCAACCCUACAGGGGAGGCAGACACGACUCACCACAACCAAGUUUAUGCCAAACUGGGAGACAAGGUGGAUGGUGUUCUAUGUGACGGCCCCUCCCCAGAGAACAUUGCAUCUACUGUGGUUGACUGCACUAAGAUUGAAACAGGACACAUUGGUUUCUUCAGAGUGGGUCUCAUUCCUAAGUCCAAGGUUCUUCAGAUCUUUGAGGAGGUUCAGAGGAGACACAAACAGGGGCAGACAAAUCCAGCUUUUGAGUACGAUCUGCAUCCACCAGACACUCACCGUGAACUGGGUUCAGGAGAAUACGACACAAUAGAAUCAGGAAUGGGAUCUGAUGACUCAACACCACCUACGACUUCACCUCAACAAAGCCCAGAAAUGAGAAAUCGCUUUUAGGAUGAAGACAUACUAUCAAUGCACUAUUCAAAAAUGUCAGUUAAUUAUUUUUUGGAUUAAUUGAUACAUUUAAAGAUUGUGAAGAAAAGGUGUCUGCUAUUUUAAAAUCUUUCAUACAGGA